GCUGAAUGAAGUUUUCUGGGUAAUGGCUUGAAAUGUUUUCCUUAUGAGAAGUGGUGUUGAGUUACAGCGAGCAGCGGAGAACUGGGAGGAGAGAAACAGCAGCCCCAACCCGGCCCCCUCCUUUUCUUGGGCUGGUAGAAAGGUGGACAUGGGCUCCCGGAGACAAGACAAGUGAUAUGUUGAACUGUUCUGUGGCUGCAAUUGUCUGCUCCCGGAGUGACCUGAGGUCAGUGUUUACCAGGGUUUAACCAGGGCCAGCGGAGCAGGCACAGAUGCGCUGCUGUGAAAUGCCACGCAGGCAGAGACUGACAGGCAGUAGGAGCUGAGCUUUCCCCCUGGACUGCUGUUUCCUGCUGUGUUCAGGGGAGGGGGUGCUUUCUGGCAACUCCUGCUGCUGCUGCUGCUGCUGCUGCUACUUCAUCUCUUUCUCCACUCCAGGUAAGCAGACUCAAAGGGAGGGCAGGCUGCAAGGGAAGCCUUUGUACAAUGAACAAGAUCCGAAAGUUUUUCCGAGGAAGUGGGCGAGUCUUGGCAUUUAUAUUUGUGGCUUCUGUCAUCUGGCUGCUCUUUGACAUGGCAGCUCUCCGCCUCUCAUUCAGUGAGAUCAACACUCGGCUCCUCAAGGAAGAUAUCGUGAGGAGGGAGCAGAUAGGAUUCAGAGUGCAGCCAGACCAAAUGAAGAUCCUUUACAGCAGCAUCAAAGAGAUGAGGCCUCCCCAGAGGGGACAUGGGAAGGGAGCUUGGGGCAAAGACAAUUUUAGAAAGACUGAGGACAGUGUGCACAAGUUUCAGGAUCACUUGGACCCAACACAGAGGCAAAGAAAAAUGAAAAACAAUCUGGGAAGGGACAAAGUGGUACCUUUGUGGUAUCCUGCACAUCUACAGAACCUCACAGAGACCCUUACCAAGCAGAAGAUGGAGGGGAGAGACAGCAAAUCUGAAAUUUUCUUCCAUCGGGUGACAUCAAAUCAGACAACAGCCCAGAGGGCUUGGAAAACCCCAUUUGUAGUGGCAAAAGAAACUCCAUUAGUCAAAAUAUCUGUACACACAGGACCUGUCAGUGUAAAACAGGAGGCCCCGAGGAGUCAUAAUCUCAGCAGUGACACAUCAAAACCAGCAGGUGAAAGGGCCCUGAACAUGACCAUCACUCUUAGAGCAAAGCAGCAAUCACAAGCAGUAGCAAACGAGAGGACACACCCUGGUGGCUCAUCAGUGCCCAAAUCUGGGGAAGCCAUAGCCUUAAAACAAACUGUGACUCAGAGCAAAGAAUUAAAUGCAAAUAGACACAAAGUCAAUAAGGGUCUUCCUUUUUUCAAGUUCAUUGCCAGUUCCAGUCACUUAAAGAAGCCAUCUAUGAAUGAGACAUGGUUGGGAGGCAUGCCAAAGCAUGAUGGAGUCAAAGUGGCUCAGGGGAAGAGACUCGACUUCCCUGAAAGCCAUGUUGUGAUUAUAACUAAAGAGGAGGAACUAAAGACAAACACCAAUGAGGUUUCCAACUUUAAAACCAAAACUAUAUUACCUAAAGUGUUGGGGGGAAGCCAAGAUACACACAUUUCCAGGAACAGGAGCAAGGCAGAUUUGUCUUCACUUGCUUCACAGAGGGCAACAGUGUCUCAAACCAAAAAAGCCUUAGCAGGGGGACUGGGGACUGCAAGAAUCAACUCAACUACCAAGGCACAGCAUGCAGAACGCAACCAAAGUCACACAAAAGCCCCUCUAACUGAACACCAUGGGAUGCACCAAGUGUUACGAGUAGACGUGACACUUUCUCCAAGAGACCCUAAAGCUCCAGGUCAGUUUGGACGUCCUGUGGUUGUUCCCCCUGGAAAGGAGAAAGAGGCAGAACGAAGAUGGAAGGAAGGAAACUUCAAUGUCUACCUUAGUGAUCUGAUCCCAGUGGACAGAGCUAUUGAAGACACAAGACCUGCUGGGUGUGCAGAACAACUAGUUCACGAUAACCUCCCAACUACCAGUGUGAUAAUGUGCUUCGUGGAUGAGGUGUGGUCCACUCUCCUGAGAUCCGUUCACAGUGUCCUCAACCGCUCUCCUCCACACCUCAUCAAGGAGAUUGUGCUGGUUGAUGACUUUAGCACCAAAGACUACCUAAAAGAUAAUUUGGAUAAAUACAUGUCUCAGUUUCCAAAAGUUCGUAUUCUUCACCUCAAGGAGAGACAUGGCUUAAUACGAGCCAGGCUGGCAGGAGCACAGAAUGCAACAGGUGAUGUGUUGACGUUCCUAGAUUCUCAUGUGGAAUGUAAUGUUGGUUGGUUGGAACCUCUCCUGGAAAGGGUUUAUUUAAGUAGAAAGAAAGUGGCCUGUCCAGUAAUUGAAGUCAUCAAUGACAAGGAUAUGAGUUAUAUGACAGUGGACAACUUUCAAAGAGGUAUCUUUGUAUGGCCCAUGAACUUUGGUUGGAAAACAAUUCCUCCAGAUGUCAUUGCAAAAAACAAAAUCAAAGAAACUGAUAUAAUAAGGUGCCCUGUCAUGGCAGGUGGAUUAUUUUCUAUUGAUAAAAAUUACUUUUUUGAACUUGGAACCUAUGACCCUGGACUUGAUGUUUGGGGUGGAGAAAAUAUGGAGCUCUCAUUUAAGGUAUGGAUGUGUGGUGGAGAAAUUGAGAUCAUUCCUUGCUCCCGAGUGGGCCACAUAUUCAGAAAUGACAAUCCAUAUUCCUUCCCCAAAGACCGCAUGAAGACCGUGGAGCGGAACUUGGUACGGGUGGCUGAGGUCUGGCUUGAUGAGUACAAGGAGUUGUUCUAUGGCCACGGGGAUCACCUUAUAGACCAAGAGCUUGAGGUGGGCAACCUCACCCAGCAGAGGGAGCUUCGAAAGAAACUGAAAUGUAAAAGUUUCAAAUGGUACUUGGAGAAUGUCUUUCCAGAUUUGAAGGCUCCCAUUGUGAGAGCUAGUGGUGUGCUUAUUAAUGUGGCCUUGGGUAAAUGUGUUUCCAUUGAAAACACCACAGCCAUCCUGGAAGACUGUGAUGGGAGCAGCCAGUUUCAACAAUUUAAUUACACCUGGUUAAGACUAAUUAAACAUAAAGGAUGGUGUUUGGCCCCCAUCCCUGAUGAGGGAUCCCUGAUGCUGCACCCCUGUGAUAACAAAAACAAAGGGCUAAAAUGGCUGCAUAAAUCCACCUCUGUCUUUCAUCCAGAACUGGUAAAUCACAUUGUUUUUGAAAACUAUCAUCAGUUGUUGUGCUUGGAAGGAAAUUUUCCACAGAAGAUGCUUAAAGUAGCUGCUUGUGACCCAACCAAACCACAUCAAAAGUGGAAAUUUGAAAAGUACUAUGAAGAAUGAAGAGGAACUGAGGUUUUGCCUAGUCAACACAUUAGAUAACUGUGAAAGUAACAGUGAA